AUGACGUAUAGGAGGCAAUAUAAGCAAGGAAUACGAAAUCGAGAAAAGUUAAGACAGAAGAAGAUGGCAACGGAGGGCGGAGAAGCGGCGCCUGCCGUAGAUAAUCUUCAAGAAGAAGGAGUUGGUGAUCUGACGACACUGAACGAGAACGCGUCUCAAGACACGAAGUGCUUCAUCAACUGCAUCGCACAGAGUGAAGGUCUGGUAUCGAACGGCAACCUCUCGAUGAGCGCCACUAUAGCCUACUUCGACCGCCAGACGGCGCUUAUGAGGCAGAUGGGCGUCAUCGUUGACGGCACCACCUUCAAUGCCCUGCGACAAAACUGUUUCACUCUAGGAACCAAUGCAACAUGUGACGCAGUAUAUCAGCAGUUCCUCUGUGUGAGACGAGCUCUACAGUCGUCGAUUUCGUACAUUGGCCGAAGACGUCGAAGACAAGAACAACGACCUGAAGUUCCAGGAGUGGCCGCUAUUUUCUACCUUGCAUCGUCUCAAGUCACGAGAAACACAUGAAGAAAUCCAUUCAUCAGUUAUCAAACUGCAAUAACCUCAUUGUUAGUAUUCAAUGUAUUUGAACAUGUUUUUGUGGGUGUAUGUGUGUACAUAAAUUGUU